AUGAGCAGUAGCAACAGCGUGAAGGUCGUGGUGGACAAAGACACAGUUUCGAAAUUUGCGUCGUGCCAGUCGGCUACCCUGAACCACCUCAACAAAUACGACGGUCUGACGAAUGCGCUGAACUUCCUGCUGUCGUACUCGGUGGUGUCUGGCGCUAUUUCAGCGGUUUUGACGGUGCUGUACCGAGCGAAAGUGGUACUGGUAGAGUCGCCAAAGUCCCCGCCAGUGGUGAAAAAAAGCUACCAGCUAGGUGUCUCUGGCCUGCACAAAGUUGAUGAAUGGUUCAACUUGCUGGUGCUCCGCGAGGGUCUGGACGCCUUUUUGGGGCAGUACCACUCGCACAGCGGCAAGCCGGGUUUGUGGGUGCUUCUAUACCUCGUGGACUACGUCGCCAACGUGUCUAACCUGAUACUGAAGGAACUGGUGGUUAAACCUCUUCAUCUGGGAAAGGCGUCUACUCCUAGCGAGGUGGCCCAUGAAAUUGAGGUUAACGGUGUUUCCGGCCAUUCGGACGCGGAAAGUUUACCUCACAUAAAGGAGUUGGCUGGAACCACCAGAUCUCUAAGCCAUGAACUUCAAUCGAAGUUACAAUCAGACUAUAUCGGCCCCACCAAAAGCAAGUUGCAGCAAGGAUACAUUGACCCUACCAAGGAUAGAAUCAGCGAGACCCGCGACUACGUGACCGGAAAAUAUGGGGAGCUCAUCAAGCCUACGUACGAUGCUGCAUACCAAACAGUUUCUGAAAAAUAUGAGGGCAACUUGAGCAAAUCCGAAAGUAUUCCCAGAGCGCUUGUUUCUACUGGCGUUGAUCUCGGCCACCUGACCUUUGACAAGCUUAAGGCUGGGGUCACCAACGGGGCUGAAAAAGCUGAGCCCAAAGCCAAGGACAUCGCCACGGAAAUUAGUGACACUGCCACUUCCGUGUUGAGAAGCACUGAAAAUCUAGUCACCUAA